UGUGCUGAGUUGUACGUGAGGGGGAAGUGUGUGUGUUUAUAAAAGCUGUAGUGGUGAUUCAGUUUCAUUUAUUCAGAUACAGGCAGGAUCAAACAGGCAGGAUGGUGCAGGUGGACCUGCUGUGGAUCACUGCUGCUCUUCUGUCUUCACCACUGCUCACUCUAUGUCAACCACUGUACAUUCUAUCAGCCCCCCAGAUAAUGAGGGUGGGCACACAAGAGCGUGUGCUCGUGGAGAUUCAGGACUACAAAGAACAAAAGGCCAUAAAUGUAAAUAUCAGAGUGAUGAGCUUUCCCCGAAAAGACAGAGAUCUCAUCUCAACAAUGGUGACCCUAAGGCCUGAAGAUAACUUUCAAGCUCUUGUUGAUAUAAAUAUCCCCUUUCUUGAUGACGUUUUUGACACAGACCCAGAGAUAAAACAGUAUGUUUAUCUGAGUGCAACCUUUGAUGGACCUCAAACCUUGGAGAAAACUGUCAUGGUCUCCUUCCAGUCGGGUUAUAUUUUUGUACAGACAGACAAGACAAUAUACACUCCUGAUAGCACAGUACGAUACAGAGUGUUUCCUUUGACCACAGAAGCAAAGGCAAUAGUGAGUCCUGUGGUGGUGGAGAUUGUGACACCAGAAGGGAUCAUCAUUCAAAGAGACCAGUAUACUUCGUCCAAGAGCCUGGAGUAUAAACUGGGGAGUCCCAUCAGCACUGGAAUCUGGAAAAUUGUAGCAAGCUUUAAGGACAGUCCUGACAAGAAUUUCACUGCAGAGUUUGAAGUCAAAGAGUACGUGCUGCCCAGCUUUGAAGUGAAGCUGGAUCCUAAGAAAUCAUUCUUCUACACGGAGGAUAAAGAGUUCCCUGUUGAAAUUAAAGCCAAGUAUUUGUUUGGUCAAGAUGUUGAAGGCUCUGCUUUUGUAGUAUUUGGCAUCUUCAGUGAAGGCAAAAAGAUCAGCAUUCCGAGCUCUCUUGCCAGAGUUGACAUCAGUAAAGGACAAGGUAAAGCAGUGCUCAAGAGAGACCACAUCCUUCAGACCUUCCAAAAUAUUGAUGAACUUGUUGGGAAAACAAUGUAUGUGUCUGUCAGUGUACUAACUGAAAGUGGAAGUGAAAUGGUGGAGGCAGAGAGAAGAGGAAUUCAUAUAGUGAAAGCACCAUAUACCAUUCACUUCACAAGAACCCCAAAAUACUUUAAACCUGGAAUGCCCUUUGAUUUCAGGGUGUAUGUAACGAACCCUGAUGAGACACCAGCAGAAAAUGUUGAGGUAUUGGUGACACCAGGAAAUGUGCCAGGAAGGACUGAUAAGAACGGGAUUGCCAAGAUCGUCAUCAACACCCAGAAAGGAGCCUCCACUCUAGAUAUCACUGUACGUACAGUCACUGAGGGAAUACCGGCAGAAAACAAGAUGACAGCACAUGCCUACCUGCCUACAGGUGGUUCCCAAAACUACCUGCAUAUAGACAUAACUACUGGAUUGUUGAAAGUUGGGAAUCAAGUUACCCUCAAGCUGAAUCUAGGCUCCAGCGCAGUUGGGGACCAAGACUUCACUUAUAUGGUUCUAAGUAAAGGACGGAUCGUAACAGCUUCGAGAUAUCAGAAGUCAGGUAAUUCAGUGAUAGCUGUGCCACUCAAAGUGACUAAAGAAAUGCUUCCCUCUUUCCGUGUGGUGGCGUAUUACCAUGUGGGAUCCUCUGAGGUCGUGGCUGACUCGAUCUGGGUUGAUGUGGAGGACACAUGCAUGGGAUCGCUCAAAGUUGAUGUAGAGGAUGUUAAAGUAGCAUAUACCCCCAAUGAAGUUAUUGAUCUGAAAAUUACUGGUGAUCCUGGGGCAAAAGUUGGCCUGGUCGCUGUGGACAAGGGCGUCUACGUCCUCAACAACAAGAACAGACUCACCCAGACCAAGGUCUGGGACACCAUUGAGAAGCAUGACCUUGCCUGUACAGCUGGCAGUGGCAAAGACAGUAUGGGAGUUUUCUAUGAUGCAGGAGUCCUGUUCAUGUCUAAUUCUGCAGGAAGCACCCCUGACAGAAGAGAGCCCUCCUGCUCAUCUGAACAAAAAAGAAAACGACGUGACCUCACCAAAAUAGAACUCAAAAAGACCCUGGUGGGGAGUUACAGUGAGGACCUGAGGCACUGCUGCAUGGAUGGAAUGGUGGAAAAUUUUCUCGGUUACACGUGUGAACGCAGAGCUGAGUACGUUGAGGAUGGAGACGAUUGCCGUCAAGCUUUCCUGAGUUGCUGCAAGAAACUGGCCGAGGUAAAGCGGGAGGCAAUUCAGGAGGAGCUGAUCCUUGCCAGAAGCGAGGAGGAAGACGGUGAUGACAUGUUUGAUGACUUUACAACACGUUCCUACUUUCCUGAGAGCUGGAUGUGGAUGGAUGAAGUGCUCCCUCAAUGCAAAGAUAAAGAGAAAUGUGGCAUUACUACAAAACAGAGAUUUCCAGAAUCCAUCACCACUUGGGUGAUGACUGCCAUCAGCAUGUCUAACGAGUAUGGUAUUUGUGUGGCAGAUUCAGUGGAGUUUAUAGUUCAGAAGGGUUUCUUUGUCGACCUGAAGUUGCCUUAUUCAGCUGUAGUCAACGAGCAAAUAGAAAUCAAGGCUGUCGUUCACAACUUAGGAAAUUCUCUACUCAAUAGGGUUUUUGUGGAGCUGAAGGAGACUCAGUCUGUAUGCAGUUUGGCCAGCUAUAAAAAGAAGUAUCGCACCACCGUGAGCAUACCUGGCAAAUCAUCACGCGCUGUUCCCUUCGUUAUCAUCCCGCUGGUUAAAGGCGAACAUGAAAUCGAGGUGACAAUCAAGGAACCCAAUGGAAUGUCAGAUGGUGUGCGGAAACAACUGAAAGUAGUGACCCAGGGUAUUCUGCGGUCUACUGGAGAGCAGACUCUAAUUCUGGAGCCUGUCAAACAUGGUGGAACACAAAGAUCAGAAAUUAGGAGGUCCUUCCUGGAUAAUCAAAUGCCAGACACAGAAGCGUACACCUACAUAGCUGUAAGAGGCAGACCGAUGGCACAGCUGAUAAAAGAGGCCAUCAGUGGAAAGGGUCUAGAGUCUUUGAUUAGGCAGCCUUCAGGAUGUGCAGAACAAAACCUGAUGGCCAUGGUCCUGCCUCUGCUUGCAGCAAAUUUCCUGGAAAAAGCCAACCAGUGGGAAGAUGUAGGAGUGGAGAAACGCCCUGUAGCAUUGGGGUACAUUACUACAGGCUACACAAGAGAGCUCACAUUUCUCAAACCAGAUGGAUCGUUUGCAGUUUUUUCAGGUGCCUCAGGCAGCACCUGGCUGACUGCAUAUAUUGUCAAAAUGUUCAGUAUGGCCGAGAGUCUGGUCAGAAUAGACCACGGUGUUAUCUGUAACGCCGUCAAAUGGCUGAUCUUGAAUGCACAGAUGCCUGAUGGUGUUUUCAGGGAGCUGUACAGUGUUUCAUCCAGUGCUAUGGGGGGCAAAGCUACGCAGCUGUCAAUGACGGCUUUUGUACUCAUCGCAUUACAGGAGGCGAGGCUGAUUUGUACCGACAGAGUCAGUAGUCUUCAGCAGAGCAUGGACAAGGCAACAGAGUAUAUUGCGCAGAACGUCGCUUCUCAAAGCGAUCCUUAUGCUGUGGCCAUGGUGUCUUAUGCUCUAGCAAAUGCUAAUAAACUGAAACUUGAUGUUUUGUUCCGUUAUGCUUCACAAGAUGGCAGUCACUGGCCAGUCAAGGAAAGUCAUGCGUUUACUCUGGAGGCCACUGGUUAUGCUUUGCUGGCGCUACUGAAGAUUCGGGACUUUAAAAAUGCAUCACCAAUUGUGAAAUGGCUAAACACUAAUCAAAAAUAUGAGGGUGGCUACCUCUCCACUCAGGCUACUGCUGUGGUAUUUCAGGCUUUAGCAACCUACUUAAUAGAGAUGCCACCACCAUCCCGUGGAGGAGGAAUGGAGGUCACUGUCACCUCCACUGCAAGAUCAAGCAGUUUUAAAGGCGUGUUCACCAAAUCCACCAGAGGUUUACAGCGUUCUGACAGGUUCCCAGCAAAUGGAGAUUUAGCAGUGGAGGCUUCAGGGGAAGGUGAAGGUUCCAUGUCAGUCAUCACGCUGUACUACGUCAAACCUGACGAAAACUCCACAAGGUGCAAGAACUUCGAUCUGGAUGUGAAAUUUAUCAGAAACAGAACAACUUCCUAUGCAGGUGCACUCGCAAGUUACACACUUUCCAUAGAGACCAAGUUUCUGAAAGACAGAGAAUCCAGCAUGACAAUUCUGGAUAUCGGCCUGCUGACAGGGUUUGUUCCGGAUACAAGCGAUCUGGAAAAGCUGAUGGGAACAGACAGGUAUAUCCAGAAGUUUGAGAUGGACAAACAACUGUCAGACCGAGGAUCCCUCAUCAUCUACCUGAAGAAGGUCUCAAAUGCAGUUAAUGAGAGAGUUGUUUUCAGGAUGCACCAGAUGUUACAAGUUGCUCUCCCUCAACCAGUAGGAAUCACAGUAUAUGAAUAUUAUGCUCCUGAGAACCGCUGUGUGAAGUUUUAUGACGUAGCUGAGAGAACGAGUGGAACGCUUUACACCCUCUGCCCUACCGAAGUGUGCAGCUGUGCUGAAGCAAACUGCCCUCAGCUGAAAGCUCCUGAGGUCCCGACUGAAGAUGAGCGCAAGACCGAAGCCUGUAAAAACCGGGAUUUCGCUUAUAAGGCAAAUCUGAAAGACAUUAAGGAAACUGGGUCCACAUACAGCUACGUCUUCACCAUAAAUGAAGUUCUUAAAGUGGGAUCUGAUCCGGUUCAACCCCAAGAUCAGAGAGACUUUUUGGCUCAUGAUAAGUGCAGAACUAAACUGAACCUGAUUAAGGGAAAAGACUACCUCCUCAUGGGGCCCGAGCCAAAAAGGGUUCAAGAAAGAUAUCGCUAUUUGUUUGGAUCAGGGACUUGGGUGGAAUACUGGCCCACCACCAGGGAAAGCCAGGAGAGCAAGGAAAACAGAGACAGAUAUAACGGCCUGAGAGGACUCAGCCAUGUUUUAACCACCCUUGGAUGCACCACCUAAACUUGUUUUUAAAAGCAUGUAACUUUUGCAAUGACUUUUUGCUUUUCUGGCCAUACGUACGCUUUCUCUAACAGAUACACGCUGAUUUGAUCUCCAACUUUUAUUAAUUCCAACAGUCAUGUAACUAUUACCUGUACUCUUGACUUUUCCGUUUGGCUGUGACAUCUUUAAUCACACUGGUUGUAAUGUUUACUUGCAGUGACUUUGCUGGAUAUUGACUGCCUCACAUGUUCAUUACGUGCUGCUUUAAACUUAAAUGGAAAUAAAUCAAUGAGAGCAUCAAA